GCCGCUCUGAUCAGCCUGCAGCGGUCAGCUGCUGCCGCUUUCGGGCGCUGCAGAAGACAUCAACCACCGGGAACGGCUUCUCUCCUUUAUUACAUAAUACGUAACUGUUCCCCCAAUGUUUUCAGUGAAUUGCUGAUAAACUCGGAUUAUUUUGCACAGCUCGCUGUCGCCAUGGAGGAGACUGACCGUGAGGCUGUUGCCACGGCGGUACAGAGAGUUGCCGGCAUGCUGCAACGCUCAGAUCAGCUGGACAAAGUGGAGCAGUACAGGAGGCGGGAGGCCAGGAAGAAGGCGUCAGUGGAGGCCAGGCUGAAGGCGGCCAUCCAGUCCCAGCUGGACGGGGUCCGCACAGGGCUCCUCCAGCUCCACAACGCCCUGAACGAAGUCAAAGCCAUCCAGGGCUCCCUGGCUGACGUCAGCAAGGACUGGAGACAAAGCAUCAACACCAUCGAGAACCUGAAGGACGUGAAGGAGGCGGUGGUGCAGCACAGCCAGCUGGCGUCUGCUGUGGAGAACCUGAAGAACAUCUUCUCAGUGCCCGAGAUUGUGCAGGAGACCCAGGAGCUGAUCGAGCAGGCCCAGCUGCUGCAGGCCCACCGCAGGCUCAUGGACCUGGAGUGCUCUCGCGAUGACCUCAUGUACGAGCAGUACCGCGUGGACAGCAAGAACGUGCACGACAUGAACCUGAUCCGCGGCUACUUUGACGAGGUGCAGGUGCUCUCUGAGGAGCUGGGCAAGCAGCUGUGGAUGGUGCUGCAGCGCGCCAUGGUGACGGUGAGGCGCGACCCCACCAUGCUGGUGUCGGCUGUGCGCAUCAUCGAGCGCGAGGAGAAGGUGGACCGCCGCAUGCUGGACCGCGAGCGGCAGACCGGCUUCCUGCCCCCGGGGAGGCCCAAACGCUGGAAGGAGCGCAUGUUCGCGGUGUUGGAGGGCACGGUGGGCGUGCGCAUCGAGAGCACGCAGGCCGAGACCCGCGAGCUGGACAAGAUGUGGCUGGUGCGGCUGCUGGAGAUCACACGCAAAUACGUGCUGGAUGACCUGCUGGUGGUGAAGAACCUGAUGGUGCAGUGCUUCCCUCCGCAUUACAACACCUUCCGCGUCUUCUUCGACCUGUACCACCGCGCCGUCUCGGUGAGGGUGCAGGAGCUGGCCGCCGAGGAGCUGGAGGCCAAUGAGAUUGUCACUCUGCUCACCUGGGUGCUCAACACGUACAGCAGCGACGAAAUGAUGGGCGACCCUGAACUGGCCACCGAGUGCGACAUCAACCAGUUGGAGCCCUUGCUGACUCAGGAUGUCGUGGACGAGCUCCUCAGCAAGUACAUCCAGACCAUCACCUCGAACAUCACAGGCUGGCUUCGCAAAGCCCUGGAGACCGACAGGAAGGACUGGCAGAAGGACACGGAACCCGAAGCCGACCAGGACGGCUACUACCAGACCUCGCUCCCUGCCAUCGUCUUCCAGAUGUUCGAGCAGAACCUGCAGGUGGCAGCCCAAAUAAACAAGACGUUCAAGGAGCAGGUGCUGCAUCUGUGUCUGAAGCAGAUGGGCUCCUUCCUCCUAAGGUACCAAGAAGAAGCAGUGGCCUAUAAGAACGACCACCUGAAGGAUCGGCAGCAGCCGCAGUGUUACGUUCAGUACAUGAUCGCCGUCAUCAACAACUGCCAGACGUUCAAGGAGUCAAUUAAUAGCUUAAAGAAGAAGUACACCCUUAAAACGGAGCCGACGCAGCACGACGCCGCCAUCGAGGGGACGCUGAGCGAGGUGGCCAGGGAGGGCUGCCAGUUCCUGCUGGAUGAGGUCUUCCUGGACUUAGAGCACCACCUCAGCGAGCUCCUGACCAGGAAGUGGCUGGGUGGCUCUCAUGCCGUAGACACCAUCUGUGUCACCUUGGAGGACUACUUCAAUGACUUCUCCAAGAUCAAGAAGCCCUACAGCCAGGACAUGACGAGGGAGGCGCAUCGCAGGGUGGUGCAGGAGUACCUCAAGGCCGUGCUGCAGAAGCGCGUCACCUUCAAGAACGCAGACGAGCGGCGGGAGGGCGCCGAGCGCAUGAUCAAGGAGGCGGAGCAGUUCAAGUCCCUCUUCAGGAAGCUCUCCGCUGGGGAGGACACCGACCGUCUCUGUGACAGCAUAGCUGCCAUCGCCGAGGUCUUCAAGCUGACAGACCCCUCCCUUCUCUGCCUAGAGGUCUCCACCCUGGUCUCCAAGUACCCUGACAUCAGGGACGAGCACGUGGUGGCCCUGCUGGCCGUGCGGGGGGACGCCAGCCGGGACAUGAGGCAGACCAUAAUCGAGACGCUGACCCAGAGCAAGUCCUCGCUGCCGGCCACCGCGCAGCCAAUCUUCAAGGACAUCACCGUGUCCUCCAUCACCUCCAUGGCCGUGCCCAAGCUGCUGAAGUAGAUGCGGGUGCAGGACUGCGUCUGGUGUCUGCAUGGACGUGCCCUCCGUAAGAGUGGGUGUCUCACGAGGGAGCAGCUGAGCGACGAUCUGCAGGAGGGUCUGAUACCCGGGUGGCAUGACGUAGCGAUAAGUCAAAGCGAACCAUCUGAAGGACAGAGAACCCUCUGUGUUUGGAGCCGUGCUGAUCUGCCUGAGAGUGGGCAGUUAACUCUGGGCAGUGGGUCUAACAGCUUCGGAAAGUAUUUAAUCUUUUAUUAAAACUAAAACAGUUUGUCAUCUACUUGCUUCCUGUGUCCAGAGGUGUGUAGUUCAUGUGGAGAGAGUAGAAGUCCAGACCAAGAUUUUGUUUCAACCAACCAGUUCAUUACUCUCUGACUGCAACUAUACUCAACUGGUUGGUUGAAAUAAAAUGGAUUUCUUGGUCUGGAUUUGCACUCACUGGACCUGAACUACCUAGUUUGGCCAGAGGAUUGUUGUUGUUGUUGUGAAUAUUUAAUAAAAUAAUACUUGUCAGUAUAGAAUGGUGUGUGAAAUAGAUGGUAAUCAUUCUUAGAUUUCCUGUGCUCUGUAACAUACGCAUUCGGAGGUGUAGCUCCCAUCCUGCAGCAUUAAAAGGCUGCAUGUUGCUUUGUCUUGUGUGGGUUCACAGGAUUGACGUUCCUCCAGGAUGACUGUGGCAUCGUCCAUAUUUGUCAGGUUGCCUGUGAUUUAUACCAAGAUAAAGCCCAGUGGUGUGCAGCUGAUUGUAGAGCCGCAAUCUAGCCGGCAUGCAGCUGACAAUGGCGGCUCCAUCGGCCCCAGUGGCCAGGUGGGGGCGCUGUGGCAGUACCGACAGCUGUAGCAAGGCAGCUGUCGGGCGCUGAGUUGCGUGACCUCUGCUAAUUGUUGUUGUUAUUCUGGUACCAUUUGGUCUAACAUGGGAAGUGACUCAGACAGCAGCCACUGAUACUGCUUUCAAGCUGCGAAUCAAUGAUACUCUCCGUUCUACUCUUGGCAGUUUGCUUGGAAAUAGGACCUACUGCUUUUUUUGUGUUAAUAAUGGAAUGGAAAGUCCUGGAAGGUUGGGAAGGACAGAACAGGACUGGCGAGGUAGGUCAGGCUAAGAAGGUGGUCGUGUGCACAUUCACGCACGUGUGGAGCAGCACCCUUUACGCUACGGAGCGGGAUCCUGGAUUGGCGAUUUGUUUACCGUAAUUCACUUAAUAGAUUAA